UAAAAUAUAGAGGACACGUCACUGAACAUUGCUUUUGCAUUGUUGGCACUAUUGAAAAUGGCAAACUUUCAUUCCUCUUCCAUGGUGAAUAUGUGUGAAAAAUGACGAAAUCUACGGUGUAAAAUGUUUAAAACAGUAUAACGUCGUGUGUGAUUUUGAAAUAUAAACAUUUAUAAGCUAUUGAGACAUCUGUGACUACGUUUAUGGUUUAUUAAACAGUUUAACAAAGACCACUGAAAAAAUGUUGUUGUGUGCUAAGUUUUAUAAUGGCGGCCCGUCGCGUCCCCCGCGCCUCCAUUUCGAUGACAGUCAAAUUAUGACAAUGCCGAUACGUGAAGUUCUAAAAAGUGUUUUGAUUUUAUAAUUUGGGAAAGGUGAAUGAAAUAGAGGUAGGAAAGGACUUAAAAUGAAUCCGGAUCACCACAGUAUGAAUACGGGUGGUGGCCAGCCUCCAAGCAAUUCGGAGUCUCAGAAUGCGAGGGUGCAGUCUGCACAGCAACAACAACAAGCUAACUUGACUCCUACAACAUCUGCUACUGACUUGCGAGUCAACUCUGCAGCUGUGAACGUUGCUUUGUCGAGCGUAGCCAAGUAUUGGGUGUUUACAAACCUCUUUCCCGGUCCAUUGCCGCAGGUUUCCGUUUACGGUUUGCCCAGUACAAGGAUUGAAAAUGGGAAACCAGUUCAGGACAUUGGUCAGGCGCAUGCUAGUAUAUUGAAUGGAGACCCCAACAUUAUACUGGGGCACACAGGACAGCCGCAGGUCACAGUGUCUGCAGCUGGCCAACAGAUUCCUGUGUCACAGAUCAUUGCUACACAGGCUACACAAGGACAUGAUGCUAUGGUGGGCCACAGCCAACAGCAGGAGGCGUCAGCCAGCGCCCAACUUGUAGCAAGCCAAUCUUCCCAGCAGGUACCCAAUAAUCGGGUCGACUUUGUACAACACCAUAACAUUGAUAUGGGACAUCAUUCCCAGCAACACAUUAUGCAGCAACAGCUGAUGGCGGCAGCUCGGCCAGAACACGCUAACCAACAGAUCCAACUGACGGUGAGCGAGGAUGGCAUAGUGACGGUGGUGGAGCCGGGCGGCGGGAAACUGGUCGACAAGGAAGAACUGCACGAGGCGAUAAAGAUGCCCUCAGACCACACUCUCACUGUUCAUCAGUUGCAACAGAUUGUUGGACAUCAUCAGGUCAUAGACAGUGUAGUCCGCAUCGAGCAAGCCACAGGCGAGCCGGCCAAUAUCCUGGUGACGCAGAACCCAGACGGCACCACGUCCAUAGAGACCAGCGCAGUUGACCCCCUACUCGUCAAAGACGAGAAGAGCGCCUCCAAAAUAGAGUCGGCCCAGUUUGCUAUACCCGCUGAUAUUAAGGACAUCAAGGGAAUUGAUUUAAAGAGCGCAAUGGGUAUGGAAGGGGCAGUGGUAAAGAUAUCAACUGGCUCUGAACAUGAUCUUCACACCAUGUAUAAAGUGAAUGUCGAGGACCUGUCCCAACUUCUUGCGUACCAUGAAGUGUUCGGAAAACUCAGCACUGAAGGACAGCAGCAAGCCAAGGUGAUAAACGACGUGGUGGAAGUGGAGGUGCCGGGUCCAAGCGCAGCGAUGUCGGAGGCUGAGUCCUCCCCCGGACACCACGCGUGCGACAUCUGUGGGAAGAUAUUCCAGUUCCGAUACCAACUUAUUGUUCACAGACGAUAUCACGGCGAGAACAAGCCAUACACAUGUCAAGUCUGCGGAUCUGCUUUUGCCAAUGCGGUUGAACUAUCGAAACACGGCAAAUGCCACCUCGCGGGUGACCCGGCCGAACGUCAGGCGAAGAGACUGGCUCAAGACAAACCAUACGCCUGUUCCACGUGUCACAAGACGUUCUCACGCAAGGAACAUCUUGAUAACCACGUUCGCAGUCACACUGGAGAAACUCCUUACAGGUGCCAGUACUGUUCAAAGACGUUCACCCGAAAGGAGCACAUGGUGAACCACGUGCGCAAGCACACGGGCGAGACGCCGCACCGCUGCGAGAUCUGCAAGAAGAGCUUCACGCGCAAAGAGCACUUCAUGAACCACGUCAUGUGGCACACGGGUGAAACGCCGCACCAUUGUCAAAUUUGCGGGAAGAAGUAUACUAGGAAGGAGCAUUUAGUGAACCAUAUGCGAUCCCAUACAAACGAUACGCCGUUCCGAUGCGAACUGUGUGGCAAGUCCUUCACGAGGAAGGAACACUUCACCAAUCACAUAUUGUGGCAUACGGGUGAAACCCCACACCGCUGCGACUUCUGUUCGAAGACCUUCACUCGCAAGGAACAUUUACUCAACCACGUGCGUCAACACACUGGAGAAUCGCCGCAUCGAUGCAACUUCUGUUCGAAGUCCUUCACGCGCCGCGAACAUCUUGUGAAUCAUGUACGGCAGCACACUGGGGAGACGCCGUUCCAGUGUGGAUACUGCCCUAAAGCAUUCACCAGGAAGGAUCAUCUUGUAAACCACGUCCGUCAACACACCGGGGAGUCCCCUCACAAGUGUUCAUACUGCACGAAGUCGUUCACGAGAAAGGAGCAUCUGACCAAUCACGUGCGUCAACACACAGGGGAAUCCCCGCACCGGUGUACAUACUGCUCCAAAUCGUUCACAAGGAAGGAACAUCUCACUAAUCAUAUUAGACAGCAUACGGGGGAGACUCCCCACAAGUGCACGUAUUGUCCGCGAGCCUUCUCCCGCAAGGAGCACCUCAACCAACACAUCCGGCAACACACGGGGGACACGCCACACACCUGCACAUACUGCAGCAAGAGCUUCACACGGAAGGAGCACCUUGUGACCCAUGUUUGGCAACACACUGGGGAGACGCCAUUCAAAUGCACGUUCUGUUCAAAGUCCUUCUCAAGAAAGGAACACCUCACUAACCACGUCCACCUCCACACGGGGGAAACUCCACACAAAUGCCCCUUCUGCACCAAGACAUUCUCCAGAAGGGAGCAUUUGACCAAUCAUGUUCGGAUACACACAGGCGAAUCGCCGCAUCGGUGCGAGUUUUGCCAAAAGACCUUCACUCGCAAAGAGCACCUCACGAAUCACUUGAAACAACAUACAGGUGACACACCGCACGCGUGUAAAGUGUGCUCCAAGCAUUUCACGAGGAAGGAGCAUCUCGUUCAACAUAUGAGGUCCCACAGUUGCGGCGAACGUCCAUUCAGUUGCGGCGAAUGCGGAAAAUCGUUCCCCUUGAAAGGCAACCUGCUGUUCCACGAGCGGUCGCACAAGAGCGGCAACACGAAACAGUUCCGCUGCGAAAUCUGCGCUAAGGAGUUCAUGUGCAAAGGUCACUUGGUGUCCCACCGGCGAACGCACACGGAAACGGGCGCGCCUGUGUCCCAUGCGGAACCGGUGCCCGAAAAUGAGGAUUGCGGUGACUACGCCAAGUGCGAGAAAGACAACACCGACAUUCCCGAGAGGAAACAUGAUAUCAGGGCAACAACAGCCAUUGACACCACUGGAACACAAACACAGCUGAGUACUGUAAUGCAAAUAACAACCCAGCAACCAGUGCGAGCGGGCGCGGUGACGAGCGCAGCGAGCGUCGCGUCCGGCACAUUCACGCACACGGCCAGCGCACAGCAUCACGCGGGCGCCACCAUCGCGCACCAUCCCGUCACUGUGAACUACUAGCACACGCCCACCACGGACGCGGACCCGCUCAUACUCUUCAUAGAGAGCUGAUAGUCCACUGUGUAGAAGACCUCUCUUCAUACCAAGCUCAUACUGUGUAGAAGGCAUUAUGGACUUUACUGUGUGUUUCCUUCCUGUUUAUAUUUGUGCAGUUCUCAACACAAUAUGAAGGAAGAAAUGGUUGUGCUUGUUGUGUGGGUACUUAUAUUAAAACUACUAGCACACGCCCACCACGGACGCUCACACUCUUUAUAGAGACCUGACAGUCCACUCUUGACUUCUCUUCAUACCAAGCUCAUAAAGUGCAGAACACAUUUAUGGGGUUUACUGGAUAUGAACUUCAUACAAGAGCUGAUUGCUAACUAUGGGCCUCAUAAGAAAAUUCAACGGGAGAUGAAGAGCUGUGCAAGGAGAUCUGUAGAAGAACCUGAGUAACCAACAUAGUUUGCCUCAAGAUUCCCACUAUGGAUGUCUACAUAUUGUUGGUGACAUUGUAGCUAUAAUGCAUAAAUUUUGAGGACUCACCAUUUUUGCUGUGUGUUAACUGCCAUGUCAAAAAGUACUUUACUUUACAGUCUUACCUUAAAUUAUAAGGGUAAACAGUACUUUUGACACAUAGUGCAAAAAUGGUUAGCCCUUUUUCAAAAUUUAUGCAUUAUUACUGAGUUUAUUGUUUAUAUUUGUGUUUACCUGAAUGCAGCACUUAUCUACCCCUUACAUAAAUGCACAAGAGACUAAAAGAGUUAGAGACUGAUAGUUAA